AUGAUACCAUUUCACGAAUUCCUUCCAGCCAGCUUCGCCUUACAAGUGGAAAGUCAUGUUUAUAUGUUUGUCUGUAUGUCUAUCUGUCUGUCUGUCCGUCUGACUACCUGUCCGUCUGUCUUAUAUCUGACUGUCUGUCUAUUUGUCUGUUUGCUUAUUCGACUACCAGAGGAGCGUCUAAAGACUUCGAAGCCGCAAAAGACGUACCGAGGCAAGAUAUCUCCUCAGCUCUUCUGCCUCCACCCUCCAGGUAUUCCACAAGUCCACUGCUGCUUCGUUCAGGGCACCAUCGACCAGUGA